AUGCAACUUAAGAUACUCGCCAGGAGAAAACUCUCAGCAAUCUCCUGCGCAAGGUCUGAAGGAAAGCCUGAUGAUCAACCUUCCUAUUUACUGACCAAGGAUCAUGGCCUGAACGAACUUGGCCUGUGUCGAGAUUGCAGCAAGCUGGAAUGGCUGAACAUGGCUCAGUGGGACGGACAUGUAUUGAAGAAGAAUCAUUGGGAUAUUCUCGCCACGCGGUCACGAUGCCGGCUAUGCGCCCUUAUCGCCUCCACUAUCCGUGAUAUGAGGCAAACGAGUCUCAAAAAUGUUAUCGUCGGGAUGGACAUACCCCAAAGCGCCAGAUGCCAACUGCGAUUGACGCUUAGAGGUCAGCCCCAAUCGCGAGUUUCGAAUUGUAUUGUGAACCAGAGCUUCACUGAACGCCUUGAAGGCUCGACUCUGAUGGAUUUUGGGCUCUCCCCAGCAGUGAUACAUCAACGACACGAUCUUUCGCACGAAAUCAAGGAUGUUUUGCCCCAUUGCUGUCGUGGGAUCUUGCAAAGCCAGCAAGACAUGGAAAGUCAUCUCGCACCCGUGCUUCCUUUCAGAGUCCUGGAUCUGGGGUUGACCCAUUCAUAUGACCCUGACACAUCGAUACAGCUCCACAUUACCACCGAGUCUGAGCGGGCAGGAUAUGUGGCUCUGAGCCACCGAUGGGGCCUAAAAUCGAAACAGCAGCUGCCGUCAAGGACCACUCUGAGUAACCUCGGCCAACAACGCAGAGGCAUUGAGUUCAAUCGCCUCCCUCGCACAUUUCAGGACGCUGUAACAGUUACGCGAAUGCUCGGGCUCCGCUAUCUGUGGAUUGAUGCACUAUGCAUCAUCCAAGACGAUCCAGAUGAUUGGCGCCUGCAAUCUGCCAGUAUGGGCACCAUCUUCAAGCACGCCAGCAUGACUGUAGCAGUUCAUUCAGCUAGGACUUCAGCUGAGGGUUUCCUGUGGAGGAGAGGGGUGCCAGAAUAUCUUUCUAUACAGCCUGAGAGACAUCGCGAUGACACGAAGACUGCGGUCUACACGCGCAUACCGAAGCUAUCCGAUGCUGCCAUCGCCCGAGGGUUUCAUGGCGGUGAAAUCAUCAAAAGAGGCUGGUGUCUACAAGAGUUAUGCCUCUCUCAACGCAUCUUACACUUUGUUGAGGACGACAUGAUUUGGGAAUGUGCUCACCAACCCUUUAGCAGACCCGGAAUACACACACAAGCAAGACAUCUUAGGACUUCCGAUUCGGUACAAGAAGGUCUCAAAGGUUGGCUUUCGAUCGUGGAGCAUUACUCAUCCUGUCAACUGACGAAGACCAAUGAUAAACUUGCGGCCGUUGCAGGUUUGGCAAGUGUUUGGCCCACGCAGAGUGAUUAUUCCUCAAUGGACUCCUAUCAUUUUGGCAUCUGGGCAAAAUACCUUCAUACAAGCUUAUUGUGGAUGCAGGAAGGGGCCAAGGGUACCCGACUAGUGAAGAGAUUGGAACGUGCACCGACCUGGUCCUGGGCGAGUGUUGAUGGGGAGAUCAAAUUCUAUCCUAGUCAUCGUAGUGACACUGUCUCGAAGGCUGAUAUCGACCUCAUUUCCUUCAAUUAUCCAGAAACAGGUCAACAAACCGACAGACUUCUAGGAGGUAGCUGUUCCCUACGACUUCGGGCUGUGGUUGUUGAAGGACUCGAAGUACCUACUGUCGACAGAUGGAAGUUCUUGCCUUUCGCUCCGUCCCAACCCCGGUACUUCCUAGUACUGUAUGAACAGUCCAAGAGAGUGGGCUGGGCAUCACCUGAUGAGCCCUGGAUCGAUGGCACAAAGCUACUUUGCAUACGUAUAGCAUCAAAAGGCAGUGGCGAUAACCAUCGUUGCUAUGUCCUCAUUACGAAGCAGGACGAAAAAGGUGAACAUAUCAGGCUUGGUAUGGGUUGCAUAUUCCGGACCGAGAUACUGGACAAUCUAUCUCCCAGGGUCAUUUCAAUCAGAUGA